GGCUCCCUUUAAAAGCCCUAGCAUCCUUUCAUUACUUACACUACUGCAGUACUACAACAAGCAACUGAAUCUACUUACCAACACAACCACACGAGAGACAGCUUCAAUGGGUUUUGACGUUGGUAAAGUAGAGCUCCACUGUGAGAAGAACAACACAGCCCACAACACCAAUGACAUCGCAGUGAACAGACUGAUAGUCAGGAGAGGUCAGUCCUUCCUGGUCACCUUUGACUUUCAUGGCUCCUUCAGAUCCACAACAGACUUACUGGAGCUGACGGUGGAGACAGGACCCCAGCCUUCAGAGGCAUUGGGGACCAGGUCAGUGUUCGGGCUACCUGAGGGCUGUGGGAAGGGUUCCUCCUGGAAGGUCAAGGUUCACCAGGGCUCAGUGCUCCCGGCGGGUUCAAUCACCCUGGACAUCACCAGCCCAGCAGAUGCCCCAGUGGGAGAGUACAGCCUGUCUGUAAAGACCAGCGCCACCGCCUCAGUGGGCAGCAGCCUGGGCAAGCUCCUUCUGCUGUUUAAUCCCUGGUGCCAAGAGGACUGGGUGCAUCUACCUGAGGAGGAGGAGAGGCAGGAGUAUGUGAUGAGAGAACAAGGCCUGGUGUACAAAGGUUCUGACAAAUACAUCAGCUCUAUGGCGUGGAACUUCGGACAGUUUGAAGACGAUAUAGUGGACAUUUGCCUGAAGCUGCUUGAUGUGAAUCCCAAGUGUCUGAGUGACCCCGCCAAGGACUUCUCUGCUCGUUGUAACCCCAUCUAUGUCAGUAGGGUGGUCAGUGCCAUGAUCAACGCUAACGAUGACGGAGGUGUCCUGAUGGGGCGGUGGGAUGGUCAAUACGAUGGUGGCAUGUCCCCCACUCACUGGAACGGCAGUGUGGAGGUACUAAGGAGGUGGCUCAAAUAUGGUGGUAAUCCAGUCAAGUAUGGCCAGUGUUGGGUGUUCGCCGCUGUAAUGUGCACAGUACUGAGGUGUUUGGGAAUCCCAUGUCGAGUGGUUACCAACUUCCAGUCAGCCCACGACACCGACAAAAACCUGACAAUUGACGACUUCUUCUCAGACUAUGGAGUCAGACCCAAACAGAGCCCCGACAGUGUAUGGAACUACCAUGUGUGGGUGGAGGCCUGGAUGACACGGCCCGAUCUCUCAGCAGGCUCCUUAUACGACGGCUGGCAGGCUGUGGACCCCACCCCCCAGGAGAAAAGCACUGGUGUUUACUGCUGCGGCCCUGCUCCAGUCAAGGCCAUACUGCAGGGUCACGUUGACCUCAAAUACGAUGUGCCCUUUGUCUUCGCCGAAGUCAACGCCGACCGUGUAACCUGGAUGGUGUUCGCUGACGGCUCCAAGAAAAAUAUCUUCACGGACAGUGUGUCCGUAGGCCAGAGCAUCAGCACCAAGGCAGUGGGCAGCGACAAGAGAGUGGACAUCACUGCCAACUAUAAACAUGCAGAGGGCACGGAAAAGGAGAGGGAUGUGUACAAUCAAGCUGUGAAAAAAGUCAAUAUACCCGAAGAGAAUUCAAAUGGGAUCCAUGACGACAAACCUGCUGUUUCCAUGAAGAUCGUGGAGCUGACCAAGCCGGUCAGCGGCAAAGACAUUGACCUCAAGCUUGUACUGAACAGCAACGACAGUGAAACUCAGACACUAGUGAUCAAUGUCAACGUUCAGGCCAUGAGAUACAACGGGAUCCCAUCCUCCCAGAUACAGACCGAAUUGAAAGAACAGAGGCUCCUUCCCAACCAAGAUCUGACUAUACCCAUCCACAUCCCCUUCUCUGUGUAUGGUGAGAAAAUGCGGGAGAGCAACAGCAUCAAGGUUUCGGCUGUGGUCACAGACAAGGACAAGAGUGGGGCAGUGUACAUCACAGAGAAAGACCUUGUGCCAGAGAGCCCUUCACUCACCAUCAAAGUCAUUGGAUCUGAAUUGCAGUAUAGUGACAUGACGGCAGAGGUUGUUUUUGAGAACCCUCUAUCUGAAGGUCUAAGAGACUGCUUCAUAACAGUGACCGGUAGUGGCUUGCUGACUGAAACAAUGGAAGCCAGAAUGCCUUUCCUAAAACAAGGUCAACGAGUACGUGUGAAGAUGCCCUUCACUCCAUACAGACCCGGUCCUAAGAAGCUAGUGGCCGGUUUCAACUGUGAUCAAUUCAGGGACAUUAAGGCAAGCUGCAAUGUGUACAUCAAACCGUCACCAGUGUUGUCCCCCCACUGCCGUUGUUAGUAAAGCCCUUCUGAGAAUAACUCAAAUAAGUUAAUCAAUUUAUACCAUAUUUUCCUGUUAUAUCCAAAUCAGCCUUUCUUAAAGUAUGGGUCGCGACCCUGACCUGUUAAUGGUGGGUCGUGACGUGUCGGAGUAAAUGUAUAAAUAUUUCAUAUAUGUCACGUGUCAAUACUUCACAGGAGAGGGAUUUGAACAUAAACAAAAAAAGAUUAUCAGCAUCUGUUUUUUUGGGGUCUGAAAUGCCUUCUGGAACAUGUGAACUUUCAUGUUCCUUAAUAACAAAUGUGUUUGCCAUCUGUAAAUACUAAUAAAAUUGUGAAAUUACAAGCCUAGUUGGUUAAGCUAGCCAUGAUUGGCUGAGAUAAUGUAAUGGCUGGAUAUGCCGAGACAUGAGUUCGGACUGGUCUGCCAUGUAGCACGCUUCUGUCUAUAACAUGAGCUGGUCAGUAUGUGUUGCUCUCCACUUUCUAGAGGAGCGAGUUUUGAAAUCAGUGGAAUGCCCGGUGGAAUUAGAGUAUGAUAGCUAAGGAGAUUCUGCCGUUUGAUUGCAAAUAUGCAGAGGAAGUCGAAAGAUAAAACACAGAAAGCUGUUGUGUAAAACACCUGUCUCUGGAUUAUAUCUUCAAACUAAGGGCAACCAUGGCAUCCGUGACAGAGAGGGAGAAGCGUUCAUCCAUGUAUUUGGGUAAGAGAGUCUAUCUAGCUACAGUACUUUCUCCACAUGUUGUUAAUUUACAGGCUUAUUCUAAUAUGUAUUAAAUAGCUUUUUCCUUUUUUUUGGAAUUAGAAUACUUUCCGAAGGCACUAAAUAUUUUCAGAUAUGAUUCAUUCCUAAUUUAGUCAGGAAUUCGCUUUGAUUGCAAGUGAAAUAAGUUCUGCAAUUUAUACUGUAUUUACCAAUUUAUAUGCGUACUGUUAGCUAUGAUCUGUGUAGUAAUAUAAUUCGUAUCUCAGAACCACUUGCAUUGCUAGUUAUAGCCUAAUGUUAGCUAGCUAGCUAACAUUGAACCUGGUUGGUUCUACUACCCUGCAGGUUCAUGUAGGGUAGUAACGUUAUGAGUUGAGAUUAUGGUUAAUUGUUUAGCUAAAUAGCUAGACUCCACUAUUCAAGUAAACAAUCCACUACACCUUCUGGAUCCUGUGCUUGUGACAAAUGUUGGUUUUAUUUGAUAUAGUAUGUGUUUCCCAGAGACGGUAAUGUGAAGAACAUGACCUGCACCAAAGUCAAAUUAGGAUUUAACGUUAGGUCAAUGGGACCGUGUCCAAGUUGUAAAAUUCUCUGGUAGAAUGUCAUGCUUCUAUUUCAUCACACUCACAACCGUAAGCUAUUUUCUAGUUCUGCUAUUUUUGAACCCCAGGCUGUUGAUGUCAUGCAGCCUGUAGUUUUUGUGUUCAUACUUUUUCAUAACAAUGACAAGUUUGACGUCGGACGAAAAUAUUUAUUUUUUUAUUUUACUAGGCAAGUCAGUUAAGAACAAAUUCUUAUUUUCAAUGACGGCCUAGGAACAGUGGGUUAACUGCCCAUUCAAGGGCAGAACGACAGAUUUGUACCUUGUCAGCUCGGGGGUUUGAACUUGCAACCUUCCGGUUACUAGUCCAACGCUCUAACCACUAGGCUACCACUAGGCUACCCUGCCGCCCCAAUGAUAUCGCUGUGACAACUGUUGAUACACGUAGUAUAAACCAGCCUUUAAUCUUGAAAUCUUUGGUUGUUUAGUACAUGGCCUCACAUGUGAAUCCUUAAAGAGAUAGGUGGGACUAAGGCUUAAGAGGGUGUGAUCGAUGCUGAAUGGGUGCAGACAAAGAAGAGCUCCCUAAUAGUAGUACUGAGGGUCAUUUUCUCAAAAGUGAGAUUGCAAGUUUAUCAACUUUUAACGCAGAAUUACUUUCCCAUUGUUCCUCAACUGUAGUGUAUGAUGUACCAUUUUCUAGCUCGGAGUCUCUACUUUUAUCCAAUGUAAAAAACACAAUUUCAUAUUUUGCUACAUAAGACCGAAUCGAGCUGGUAGGUCACACAUGAAGAUGAAACAUGUUCAGGCCUACUGUACAUCUUACUGUAUAAAUUAUUGUUGAAAACAAUUCUAACAGUCUAUGUAAUUGUGGUACAUCUAUUGUUGACUGGUGUGGCUUCUUAAUGCAUUUUAAAUUGUCAAAUAAAAUCAAAUGCAUAACUUGCAUAAAUA